AUGGAACCUUUUGAAGAUAAUCAAGGACUAGAGGAGUUUAGAAGCAGAUUGGGUAUGAAACAGGCAGUAGCUAGCAGUAAUGGCAAGAUAUGGGCUUUUAUUGAUGAGAUUAUGGAAUUCGAACUGAUUAGAGAUGAAGAGCAGAUGUUAACUAUCAAAUUGAUGAAUCAGGGAUUGGGCAUUGAAGUUCUAAUAUCUUUGGAAGAGACUUUUAAGGGAGUAGUGCGAGACCAUUGGAAAGCGGACUUUGAAGGGGAUCCGUUUAGUGUAUUUCAUCAUAAACUAAAAAGGGUCAAGCGAGCAUUAACACAGUGGAGUAAGGAGACCUGCGGCAACAUUUUUCAAGAAAUAGCUACUUUAGAAGAGAUCAUUAAAGUAAAAGAGAUAAUAUUUGAAGCAAAUCCAACAGGAUUAAAUCGGGAAAUGCUACAUAAAGCACAAGCAGAAUUAAAAAAACAGCUGCAUAGAGAAGAAGAAUUCUGGAAACAAAAAGCUGGAAUGGAGUGGUUUAGGAAUGGAGAGAGAAAUACAAAUUUUUUUCAUACCAUAGUGAAAGGUAGAAGGAGUAGGCUGCAUGUAAACAGAAUUCAAAGUGAGGAAGGGGAGUGGAUAGAGGAUCAAAAGGAUAUAGCAGGAGCAGCAGUGGAUUUUUAUACCAAACAAUUCACAAUGUUAGAGGCCAACGGAGAUUAUGAAAUGCUGAAUGAACUACCUCAAGUAGUGACUGGAGAUAUGAAUGAGGAGAUGCAGAGAGUGCCAAUGAUAGAAGAGGUCAAAAAAGCGGUUAUGGGGCUAAAUCAAAAUAGUGCAGGAGGGCCAGAUGGGAUGACAGGGGCCUUCUAUCAAAGUACUUGGGAAAUCAUUGGGGAAGACAUUCAUAAAAUGACUAUAGCUUUUUUCUGUGGAGCUGAACUACCUAGGUACAUCACACACACAAAUCUAGUCCUAAUUCCAAAGAAGAUGAUGGUUAGUACAUUUUCAGACUUGAGGCCUAUUUCUCUGAGUAAUUUUGUGAACAAAAUUUUUUCACGAAUUAUCCAUGAGAGAAUUAAAGAAGUACUCCCUCAAAUCAUCUCUCCGGAACAAGCGGGAUUUGUACAAGGGAGAAGUAUAGCAGAGAAUGUCUUACUGGUCCAAGAAAUAAUUUCAGAAAUAAGGAAAAGGGGAACACCACCUAAUUUAGUCAUUAAAUUGGAUAUGAUGAAAGCUUAUGACAGAGUUGAGUGGCUAUUUCUAACAAAGGUGAUGAGGAGAUUGGGAUUUGAGGAUAGAAUUAUUGAUAUGGUGUUUAGACUGAUUAGCAACAAUUGGUACUCAGUUUUGCUAAAUGGACAGCCGAAUGGUUUUUUCAAAUCCUCCAGAGGUCUCAAACAGGGUGACCCUCUUUCACCGACUCUCUUUAUAUUGGCAGCAGAAGUGAUGUCUAGAGCCCUAAAUGCCCUAAUGAUAAAGAAAGAGUUUAAAAGAUUUGGUAUGCCAAGAGGAAGCUUGAAGCUAAAUCAUUUAGCGUUUGCGGAUGAUAUGAUCAUAUUAUGUAAAGCGGAGGUAGGCACAAUGAAAAUGGUUAGUGAAACUUUGCAGAAGUAUGAAGAAGUAUCUGGGCAAAAGGUAAAUAAAGACAAAAGUGCAAUCUACUUGCAUCAUAGUGUCAACGGAGGAGAAUCAGUGGUAGCAGAAGUAGCAACAGGAAUCCUAAGGAAAGAAUUUCCUUUUACGUAUUUGGGGUGCCCUAUCUUUUACAAGAAAAAGCAAAAAGUGUACUAUAAACAGUUGAUUCAAAAGAUAGGAGCUAAAAUACAAGGAUGGAAAGGUAAGUUAUUAUCUUAUGGGGGGCGGGCAGUUCUAAUUAAACAUGUACUACAGAGUACUCCUAUACAUUGUUUAUCAGUCAUGAAUCCUCCCAGCAAUGUCUUAACUGAAGUUCAAAAAAUGAUGGCUCAAUUCUUUUGGAGUAGUUGCGUAGGAGGAAGAGGCAGACAUUGGAGUAAAUGGGGAAGCCUAUGUCUACCGGAGCAGGAAGGAGGGAUAGGUUUUAGACUAAUGCAUGAUAUUUCAAUGGCUUUGUUCUGUAAGCUUUGGUGGAAUUAUAGAACAAAGAAGUCUUUAUGGAGUGAAUACAUGAGAAACAAAUAUUGCAAGUCAAAGAAUCAGAAUCUGGUCAUGUGGAAAGUAGGAGGAGGAGGUUCACAAGUGUGGAAGAAAAUGCUACAAGCAAGAGAUCUAAUCGAGCAUCAAAUAUUCUGGCAAACUAAGAAUGGAUCAGCUUCACUAUGGCACGAUAACUGGACAGGACUGGGGGACCUGUAUACAAUUACGGGGGAAAAUUUUGCAUGGGAUGAAAGGUAUGAAGUAGUGAGGGAUCUAACAAAAAAUGGGGAAUGGGAUAUGGAUUUAAUGUAUGAAACACUGCCAGCAGAAUAUGUUGAACACAUCAUAAGCCAAAUUAAGCCCCCUAAAGGUAACACAGAUGAUAAACCUUGCUGGAUGUUAGGUACGAAGGGUAGUUUCUCAGUCAAAACAGCAUGGAACUAUAUAAGGUACAAGGAGGAACCUAAUAUAAUACAUAGGUGGAUUUGGAAUAAGGGAACUCCUUUCAAAGUAGCCUUUAUGAUGUGGAGGCUGUGGAAGUUUAAAAUCCCAGUGGAUGAUAGGCUGAGAAGGUGGGGCCUAGAAGGACCUUCAAGAUGCUGGUGUUGCGACAAACCUGAUCAAGAAACACUGUCACACGUGUUUCGAAAAUCAGAAAUUGCUAACAGGACUUGGUCCUACUUUUGUUCUUUUGCAGGUCUAAACAUUACAGGAUUGCAACUAAGGGAAGUUAUAAUGUUAUGGUGGGGUGCCAACAUUAAGACAGAUAUGAAGCCUUAUUAUAGAGCUAUUCCAGGAUUUAUAAUUUGGGAACUGUGGAAAAGAAGGAACAAACAGAAGCAUGAAGGAAAAAGUACUUCCCUGCCCAGAAUAAUUCACAAUGUGACCAGGCAUAUGAAUAUGUUUGCUAAAGUGAACAGGUCUACCAUGAGAGGAGGAAGCUGGCCAAAAAUGCUUAAGGAACUAGAGGAAUAUAGGCCUAAAAUUAAGGCCAUUCAAGUUAAAUGGGAAAGCCCACCGGCUGGAUGGAUCAAAUAUAACACAGAUGGUGCAGCUAAAGGAUGUUAUGGAUUGGGUUCAUAUGCCUACUGUCUAAGAGAUGAGAAUGGAGACAUUAUAUUUGCAAAAGGUGCCAGGAUUGAAAAUACAACAAGUACUAUGGCAGAAGCAGUUGCAAUUUUAGAAGCCAGCAAACAUUGCAAGAACUCUCAAUAUAAUCAGGUCAUUAUUCAAACUGAUUCUAUGUUACUGUGCAAAGUGCUAAAAGGAAAAUGGGUCACCCCAUGGGCACUUUCAGAUAUUGUGGAAGAAAUCAAAGCAUGCUUACAAGAUAAACAAUAUACAUUUCAACACAUUUUGAGAGAGGGAAAUCAACUUGCUGACUACAUAGCAAACAAAGCAAUAGAACAGGGGACCUGCAGAUAUGAAGAUUUCAAUAGCUUUGAAUCACACGGAAAGAGAAUCUUAAAUAGUGAUAAAAGUCAAAGCCCAUAUUUAAGGAUAUCUUCCUUAAGGAGAUAA